GUCCGUGGGAGCUGUGUGUACGGUACCUAUCUUGUUAUCGCCGUCUGGUCCCAAUCUAUGCUGUCUUUGCCGCUGCUGCUGCCCAUUUGCCAAUUGCUACGGUAUCCGGUUCACUGUGUCGGGUUCUGUUUCUGGUUGUUUACAGCGUUGCAGCAGGUGCCCGUUGAAAAACGAGUGAACCGCAGCGAGCGUCCAUUCCAUGCCGCGCUGUUGCAGAGAGAUUACAGGUAGGGAGCGCUAAUUGUCUGCACCCCCCACAGCAGAACGCUGAAAGCAGACGAGUGAGAGCCAAAACCAGCGUUUGUUAUUUUGUUUUUUUUCUACGCUGCUUAUGGAUAGCAAAGGCUUAAACGCUCGUUCUCAUUGACAGCACGUGUUUAAAGAAAGCAGUAUGGUUUUUUUUCCUCUCGUUAAAAAAAAACCAGAAGGUUGGGACAACAGCAGCUGGACAGCACAGCACAGCCAGCACAUGCGUGCGCCACGCCUCUCUCACUCUCUGUAGCUCGCUCUCUCCCCUGCCUCACGAUUUUCGUUCCUCUGCUUUACUCGCCACACGCCCCCAGCCAUCUCUGGUGGCCAAACAAACAAGCCAUUCGCUAUCCUAGGCGGCUUUCUGGUCGCCCCCAGUCUCAGCAAAACCCCUUCAGUGCAAAAAGAGGCCGUCUUUUUUUUGGCCUCGUACUCGUCUCAACUUAACCAGCCCGCCUUUCCCUCUUUUCAAUCUCUUCUUCUUUCAUCUUCCUGUUGGCGGCCUUUUUCAUCGUGGCCAUCUUCAUCCUCCUCACGCAGCCCGCCUUCUCUCGUUUGCAUCACCCCGGCAGCUCACUUGCCUACUUACAAUCUCGUCCGUCUGGCCCUCCCGUUGCUACGACAGGCACCAUCGACGCAUUCCCUCCUCCUCCCCAUUUUAUUUUCUGGGGGCACCUCUUGGGUCCUAAUUCCCUACCCAGAAUUCGCCCAUUCGUAUUCCCUUGUCCCUCUAUUCCAGUCCGGGUUUGUUCUCUAUUCACCAACAAACGCCUGCCGUGGCGUUCUAGGUCUCGAUCUCUCCCAGCUCGACGCAGUCUCUCGCCAGAGAUUCCUGUUCUCCUUCCGCAUAACGAGAACAACAAGAUCCCGGUUCCAGUGACGCAGGCACUCAAAACUCGCUAUCAGCGCAAACAUCGUCUUUUACGGGGCUCUGCCAUCGUCCCAUCGCCUUCCUUGCUUGUGUUAUUCCACUUGCAGGUCGCCACCCGCCUUGCCGUACAAGCCCCAAUACAGUACAACGUUGAAACGUGCUAGCAAUACCCCCCAAGGCUCCGUUUAUUUUAUUCCUGUUCCCAUCAUGGCGGCUACUCAAGCAGAUUAUCGUCAUCCUCUUCCUUCUCCCCCAAACAACGACCCCUAUCAACAAUCCCUCUCCCACCGCAAACAGCCUGCUACCAACCCCGAAUCAGCACGACACACCUUGACCACUGCCCAGCAGCAGCAGUACCAAGCUGAGCUGGCGGAGCGAUCUAAUUCGGGCUUCUACUACUCCAACUCGUCGCAAUACGCCAAUAACAGCCGAGCAAAGCCAAGAACCUUUAGCAUCCAGUCACAUCGGUCGAAAACGUCAGCUAACAGCGAAGAGACGCCGGAAGAGAAGCAGCGACGCCGUUUAACAUCCAGAGCCGACCCAACCCUACCAAUGAACGAGGCAGAACCGUCCGCUGUAGCGGCUAUGUUCACAGAGCCAACGGCGACCCCGUUGAGCGCACUGCAACACAAGGAUGCUUUUGGUAACCCUAUUGCCGAACCUGAUCGAUCCAACCCCACGCGCAGUCGAUGGGAACGCCCUCUUGACACAAUUCGAAGUUUUGAAGCUGCGAUUGAUGGAGGAUACUCGCGCAAAUCCGUGUAUGGUUCAGAUAUCAAUGGCUCCUCUGCCUGGAAUCGCCGCAGUAGCAUGGCUCUGUGUAAGCGUGAAUCCACUCUGAUGAUGAGUACCGCUCGGACUAACUCUUCAGCUACCAUGCAUCCCCGACGCCGACCCGAGAGUGCAUAUGGCGGCCCCGUGAGUCGCCCAAUGUCUAUGCGAGCCAAUCGCCCCCAAUACGGCCCCAGUGCCCCUAGCACAGCUCGCAACAGUGUCAUGUACGAGCAGGGUGCGUACACAACGCAACCAAUGCCGCGCCAUUCGCGUCGUGACAUGCAUCGCAUGUACCAGGAAUCAAGCUACGGGCAAUAUGGCCAUGAGCAGGGCGAUGUAUACCCUAUGCCAAACAAGGAUCGAUCCUACGAAACAGUAGCUUCGGCAGCAGCCAGCGGCAACUCCGAUCCCGCAGGAUAUCAAACCGAUCCCACAAGCAGUGACAACAGCUCUAUCCGUCGAGCCUCGCCGCCUAAGCGCAAGGCGCCCGCGAACGACUACGGAAUCGGUUUCGCCCCCAACUACCAACCCCCCAGCCUCAACCAUUAUUCCUCAAGAGAUGUCUCCCCAACGAACACUGGAAGAAGUCACCAUCCUCUCCCUCCUCCUCCUCCCCCUCCUCCUGUCCACCUUCAGGAACCUGCCCCUCCAGCGGUGCCCAAGAAGGGCCCAUCAUUGCUUCGCCGACAGCCCUCGAGACAGCAGGAGUUGAAGACUGAAGCGCCUGUUGAGCGCAGAAAGAGUUGGUUAGCUCGUCGAUUUAGCCGAAACUAAAGUGGCGACGAUAAAGAGGGCUGAGCCCAAGAACUCGAUAUGACGAGUUGGCAAAACUUGUAAUGCAUGCGUUCUUGUAUUUGGAUUUUGCACGGCAUCCACAUAUCAACCGCUCUCCGAAACAGGCGUCCAACUUCGUUCAAGGAGAUUCUUUUUUUUCUUGUUUCAGAUGCGAUUAUUUAUAUAUUUUUUCAGGGCCGAACCCCUUACAUUUCUUUUGUACCUUUGCGCAGCUCUGAGCUGCUUUUCUUUUUGUUUGAUAUCUUGGAACGCGAGCGUGAUUUGGAAGGCAUCGGGAUAUUUUUUUUACGUACACGUAUACCAGCAUGAAAACAGCAGUACCAGGAACGCUGUUGAUAGACAUGGUUUAAUAUCACUUUAACUACAGAUUUGAUCAAUUCUGACUGUCCGUUGAAUGGUGAAGAUUUAGUUAAAAUACAAACGCCAAGAUAGACUGUUGAGCUUAACAAAGCAACACAGUAUGAUAUGGCAAGACACGGUAGAGCAUGACAUGGGUAUCAAAUUAGAUGUUCUUUUUGGUUUCCUUCUUCGGUGCACUCGCACUUCCCUCUUGGUCCUCCGCCAUAGCUACAACAACAUAGCUGAUAAGGAUGACGUUGGCGAUCAUGGCUGCUAGACCACCAGCAUAGGAAGCGUUGCCUGUGCUGUUAGCGCGUGCAGUAAGCAGAUGACAUGGGGGAUACCAACCAUUGAAUAGCGAAUUCACAGUGAGGAAAUAAGAACCAAUGGGAAGAACAAUCAUGGCGGCUGUGAAAGCUAGGAGCUUGACGACAACGGACGCCGGUACUGUGGGGCGCGUCUCUUCAGGAAUCGGGUCAUCUUGCUGAAGAAUUGUCUUUUCAGUUGUCUUGAUUCUUUGUGUUGCCAUCUUGAUGUUUUGCCAAACGA